UUUUUGUCUGGUUUGUCUGAGGGUGCUCUGGAUGGUAUUUUGAGACUCACAGAUCCACACCCCACCAUCAUGAAGAUUUUUAUGGCUCCUUUCCUUGCAUUGGUUCUGUUAUGCCCCAGCUGCCACAGCAAAUGGACCACACACACUGCCUGCAAGGAUGACAAAUUGGAAUUGCUUUACCAGAGUUGCGAUCCACUACAAGACUUUGGCUUCUCUGUGGACCAUUGUAACAAUCCACUAAGUGAAAAUCUCAAAAUUCGGUUUGGAAUUAUUCUAAGAUACAACAUCAAAGAGCUAUUUCUUGACGUCAAUCUCUUCGCAAUGGGAAAGUCUGUGUAUUCCUUUUCCUAUCCUGUAUGUGAAACUGAUUUCCCACAGUUUUCUUUCUGUGGAAGAAGGAAAGGAGAAAAUAUCUACUAUGCUGGAGACAUCAAUAAACCUGCCUUUCCAAUUGUCAAGGGAGAAUACCACAUCUUAUUGAGACUAUACAAUGAAAACAAUUCCACCGUUGUUUGUGCCAACUUUACUGUCCUUAGCUACUGACCAACCACCCUUUUCUCAAGCUCAAGAGCGUGGCCAAGUGUGGCAAGAUGGAAAGCCCAAAUCCCUGCAAUUAAGCAAGCUAUCCAAUGUCAGCGACAGAGGGGCUGUAAGAACCAAUUUUCACCAGAAGCCUCAGGUGCUGAUUUAAGCCCCAGGAGCAGAUGUCCCCAGAACCCUCAGGUGUAAUUAAUCCCAUGAAAUUAUCUGUCUGUUUCUAAUGAGCCUAGCAUUAGUAAUCAAGCACUCCCUGGUCCUCAUUUGCUAUUUCCUAAUUGAUCAUCACAACCAAAGGCUCAUCCUUUUUGACUCCUUGGGGAUCUACCCAAGGAGUUAAAUAGAAUGAAGUAUCCAGACCACAGUGCUAACCCAUGGUUUGUUCAAAGAAUUUUAGUACUAUAUUGGAUUUGAAAUUUAAUUUCAUCUCCCUAAUGCCUGGUGUUACAGCAACACAACCAGAUCUCAGACUAAACUUGGGGCUUUAUCAAGAUGCCUACCAUUCUUGCAAAUGAAACCACAUCAGAGGCCCAGCACCCGCAGAAUCUAGGAUAAAUCUGAUAUCAUAGGGGUAUUAGAGGUAAAUCUGAGAUGACACCAUAGACUGAACGCUCAUUUAUAGAAUCUCCCAUUCAAUUGUAACUGUUUCUGUGUAGGUACGUAGACAAAGGAGACCCCCAAAGGAUUAUAUAUGGGGGGUGAAUGUUCAGUUAAUAAAUGUGAUUCCUUUCUUCCCUUCAUAAUUUA